AUGAGUCUGAUCCCUAGUUCUUCUGAGUUUGCUACCCUUCAGGUGGCUUAUGGGCUUACUCCGGCUGACGGAGUAGAGUUCCCGGCUACUGAGUUUGUGAUUACUUCACCACCUCCCGGAAAGGUGGGUGUUUACGUGAAGACUUUUGACACCGGACUCCAACUUCCUUUGACCGACUUUCAAGAAGAAAUGCUUCGUCGAAAUGGUUGUAGCGUUCAAAUGUUGACUCCUGAUGCUAUUCACAAAACGGUGGCUUUUGAGAUGAUAUGGCGGGAUAACGGCAUCAUCCCCGACUUCUUUGUCUUCAAGUUCUUUUCCUGA